AUGGACAUGAGCGUUGACUCUCUGCACGGGGGCGGUAUUAGGCGCAUCCGACAGGCAUGUGCCAAUUGCAGGCGCAAAAAGACCAAGUGUACAGGAGAGCGCCCAAUUUGCUUUCACUGUCGCCGUAAUCGCCUGAGUUGUGUCUACGAGCCAUAUUCUGCGACCGUGGGCGACGGGGCCCGGCCUGCCCCUCUGCCCACCUUGACCAACAACCUCAAUAAUGUUGAGCUUCUACAACGAAUUAGCACUAUAGAAUCCCGCCUUGCUGAGCUUAGUGGACAACCCAGUCGAAAUGAGCCUACCAACGAUGUUUCAAGUUUUUCAUUUGGUGAAGAACCCAGCUCACCCCUCCACGAUACAUCUGCUUCGCAACCCUUCCCAUCAAUACGAAACUCUCCCUUCGACAAUUCAAUAUUUCCCCCUGCUCCUAUUCUACGUUCGGUCAUCGACACAUAUUUCGAACAUGUCCACAACCAGCCAUACUCCUACUUUCAAGAGAUAUCGUUCCGUCAAAAACUCGAAUCAAACGCAUUGCCCCGUUGUUUGAUCUUGGCCGUGCUUUCUUCUGCCGUCAGAUUUUCUGUCCAUGAAUAUUAUGCCGGAAAGACACGAGAGGCGUCUGAAAAAUAUGCCAGAGAGUCCUGGCUAUCGGUGCUGGCAGAUCAUCUCACCGUAGAAGACAGUCUGAAUGUACAUGUCGUGCAAACGGUGAAUCUGCUGGCUGUUGUGGACUACACUGCCGGUCGAGUCAGCUCAGGAUGGCUAAAGAUAGGCCUUGCCGCGCGCAUCUCCCAAGAUCUCCAUCUUAUGACAGAGCCCGAGGCCUGGCUGCCGCACUCCGAGCAGGAAGAGCGACGACGGGCGUUCUGGUCUGCCUAUCUGAUUGAUAAGUUGAUAUCAUGUGGUAAAUCCAGACCACUGGUUAUCCUAGAUCAAGACUGCAAUGUGCAGCUUCCGUGUGAUGAAGAAACCUUCAACAGGGGGGAGUGGAAAAAGACCAACACUCUUGAUCAACUACUAAACUGGAACACUGAAAUUAUCGAUAACCCUAGCGGAUUCGGUUUAGUCAUCCUGAUGGCUUCAAUAUUUGGUCGUUGCACAAGAUAUGUUCAUCAAAAUCGCAAGGCUGACGAAAUUCCACCCUGGGACACGAAAUCGGAAUUUGCCGGCAUCAACUCAUCUUUGUUGCUGCUAGAGUCUUAUUCAAAAUUGGGCACGCAAAGAAUCUCUGAAGUCGUUCUACAGAGCCAUCACACCAACACUGACGUUGACCGACAGCAAAUUGGGCAUCUUAUCUUCGCGCAUACUUUGUAUCAUCUUUGCCAUUGUCUCUUGAAUCAUCCUUUCCUGAUGCGCCUCCGUCUCAAACCGUUUGGCCAGAAGGCCCCGGCCAGUUUUGCUACACGGGCUCUCCAGACUGGCUGUGACCAUGCGAAGCAGCUGAUGGAUCUCAUUCGCGACGCCACGGAGAGUGGUUGUCGUAUAGAGUCUUCCUUCUAUGCUUACUGUAUUGCCGUAGCUGGCGGUAUCCACUCUCUUGCAUCACAUCUCGAGCAUCAGAAUACUGCGCGUCGUCAAUCAGAUAUCCUGCACUACUUCAACGAGAGUGUCGAAUACCUGGAAAGAUUGGCCAAGCUUUGGGUGCACGCAUCAAAUAUGGCUUUACGGCUGAGAGAGUUCCAUACCAUGUCUCACCGUUUCGCCAGCUUGCUGGAUCCAAAGUGCCUGGCCGAAGAUCUUGAUCCAUCCUGCGAAGAAGUGUGCUGGUCAAUGAUAGAUUAUGCUAUUCUAGGUGCAGACCCGCGUAAGAAGCCACUCGUCUCCAAGACUGGGUUUUCCAACCUCCCGUCCCCAAGUCAAAGUCAAUGGGCACUUGGAACCCUUGGUCCGGAUACGCCACAAUUUGAUGGAAACGGCACGGAUAUCUUCAGCGGACUAACACCGAAUAUGCGAUUGAAUGAUGUUGAAUACCUCUUGAACUGUAGUCCGGGGACGAAUGAUAUUGUCUAA